CAUCCUGUCAUUCCUUGUGAGGUUCUGUUGUUGCGGCCUUCUCCGGAGAUAAUCGACCAAUUCCUUUUGUUAUUUUUUGAGGUCCGCACUGGAUUAUCAAUCACCGUUUCUGUACUUCCAGCAUGCUUUGAUGGUCAGGAGUAUCAAAAGUGAUAUAUUUCUAAAAGGAUAUACUUUGUCAUUGAUUGAGCAAGAGUUCACGUCAACUUCAAGUACAUUAAAUAGUUCCGUGGAUAUGGGGAGGACACUUUGCAUUAUUUUAGGAACAUGGUCAAUAAUUGUUUGAGGAUUGUCAAUUUGAUGGAUCAAAAGUGCAGGAUAAAAAAAGUCUGACAGAAAGUGAAUAAAGCAUUCAUAUGUGCAUUGGGGUCAGGUUACAGAGCACUGAGGAUCACAUAAAAGGAGAGAUCCGGAAGGGAUGCUAUAAUUAAACUGAUGUCUGCUGAUUGAAGGAAGGAUGUAACUACAGUUAUGAUCAUGUGAAUGACUUGGUGUCAGUCGGAUCAGUUCUCACCCGUACCGCCGUCGAUAUAACAGGAAAAAAGCCCAGUGCAAGCAAGGCAUCAGGCGAUUAGCAGGGAAAACUUGACAGCGUUUGACAAACAGCGGAUCAAUCGCCUAAUGUAGCAGAAAAUCUCUUUCAUGGAUUCAACAGAGCGUCAGUUUGUAGUAGAGCAACGCAUUUAAUAGACACCUGGAAAUCGAAAGGAUACAGAGGAACGACCUCUUUGCGGACCAGAUUUGUUGAGUAAACAGGAGGGAAAGCAACUUCAUUUGCUGCAGAAAGUGAACUCUGAUAAAUAUUUGAGGAGAGUAAGCAUUCAAUGAAUUGUGAUUGAUACCAUCACAAAAGCCGCUGCCAAAUUGGUCAAAAAUUCCAAAUUAAUGAAUCUGGAGUGUCUUCGUGUAGCAAAAAGAGGAUUGAACGCAGAUGGCCAAUUAGCAGGAAAAUUAGGAAUCCCUGUGGAAAUAUCUCCAAUUUGGACUGGAUCGCGAUGAGUUGUGCCAAAUUCGUGCCUCAAAAUAGCUGUUAUGAUUUCAGAGGAUCUGUGUGAUUUCAGGUUGUUGACAACAUUCCAGUGUGAUAAAUAGAUUUAUUUAGAUUCAAAAUAAGCAUUCAAGGAGAACAUUAAUGAUUCCACGAGGGUAAAUAUAGAAACUCAGAAGCUGAAAGGUGAAAACAUUGAUUAGUGUUGUCUUGUGACUUUGGUUGAUUACAGUAUUGUAGCUACCAUGGCAACUACUGUUUAUUACAAGUUCUUCAUCAUCUCUUUCUUGUCAUUACUAUGGAGACCAUGGUCGCAUUUAGUGAUUGAUGCUCAACAAACGGUCGUAUCAACGCCUGAGAAUCUAUCCGUCAAAGAAGGAGAAACGGUGACAUUAGUUUGCAAUUACGAGCCUAAGACUGAUGAACUUUACUUUGGCUCUCUCUCAUGGCAAAUGGGCUCGAGUGUGUUAGCAGCUCAUAGUUGCCCUAAUGCUUGCAGCAGAACAAACCAAAAUACAGACCAUUAUUCUCUGGACGUUGAUUUAAUAUCAAGCGGUAAUUUGACAAUCAGAGAUGCUUCUUUGGAGGAUGAUAAUGUUUAUGAGUGUAAAGUCACCUCUUUCUAUGGGUCUGCAGGAAGUACAUCUCGCCUGAUUGUGAAUGUUCCCCCAGUUAGCUUGAAGCUCUCAGACACAAUGACCCCAGCUGGCCAUCAGCAAGGUGACAUUGUCCCCGUUCUGUCCGGUCAAACCUACACCAUCACCUGCACGACUGAACCCGGUGCCAACCCUCCAGUUGACCUGGAGUGGACGUCCACCACAGCUCAAAUCACUGAGGAGGAUCAGGUUGACCAGCCAGUGACCGCUAGUAAGCUGACCGUGUCUAGCAGGGAGGUGACCUUCACAGCAUCGAUGGCUGACCAUCUGACAGCGGUCACCUGCGAAGCGACGCAUCCUGCUCUAGCGACAUCCCUGACAAAAUUCAUUCAGCUUGAUGUGCAAGUUCCUCCCAAGAAUGUAAACAUCGCUUACAACUCUGUCAUCAUCUCCGACGGAGGAACGCUAACACUAGAUGAAGGCACCUCGAACACCAUCACCUGUGAAAGCCUUGGAACAAGGCCCGCCUCUGCGAUCACAUGGUACCUCGAUGGGGUGCAAGUUGCGUCCGGGAUCGGUAGACCGGUGUUUACCCCGAACGCCAACGACAGUAGGUUGCAGGAUGCAUCGAGUAGCAUCAUCAUCCAGCCUUCAAGAGAACAUCACGAGCAGGUUCUGCGAUGCCAGGCAACCACCUUUGGCAUCAGCCGUGACGUCAGUAUCAGGCUAUCUAUUGACGGUCCACCUGACCCACCGGUAAUCAGUGGUAUCCCUGACACCCUCAAUGAAAACCAGCAGACCUCCAUCACCUGCGAAGCCGACAACGGCCACCCAUCCCCCUCCUUUCAAUGGUUCAUUGGCACCAGGAACCUCAGCGCCGAUGCAACGCUUCAGGUGUCUGCAGACGCCAGCAACCGUAUCGACGCCUUGAGCCAGCUGCGGUACCUGCCUCUGAGGGAGGACAACGGUCUGGCGUUGCAGUGCAAUGUCAUCCACGAUCAGCUCUCGCAGCCGAUGAAAGUGAUGAGUGAUAACCUUGUGGUUAAUUACUGUCCAACGACCGUUGAGGUCACCAUCUGUCCUGAGGUUGAAGCGGGGUCAUCAAAGCUCAUGGUUUGCAGAUCCGGGCCCAGCAAUCCUGCGUCCAAUCUAGUCUGGAUACAAGGUGUUGAAACGAUAAACGAGCCAGACGCCUUGCAGACUCACUUUGAGGAAAGCUCCGAACCCCAAGGAUCCAGGACAACUCUGAGUUACAUGAGAAACUUUACCAAACAAGAUUACAGACAGAGCUUCAAGUGUUGUACCACCGUCAGUCCAUCUUGUGAUUCUACCGUCUGUUCAGAACCUUGCGUUCCUAAUGUCAAAUAUGCACCAGAAGAACCUGUUAUCUCCAGGAACAUGCCGGCCCGUCAAGUCACAGAGGGCACUGCGGACCUAGAGUUCACCUGCCGGGCCGAAGGCAACCCCAGACCGGCCCUGACCUGGGUGAUGGCCAGCAACGAAGGUUUGAUGCUUGACCAGUUGACCAAGGAGGAUGGCUCACAGCUACUCAGGUUCAGGGAGGUUAGACGACACCAUGCAGGGGUGUAUAGGUGCAUCGCUAAUAACAACAUUCCACCAAGGAGUAGCAAUCAGGAUCAACUUAUUGUGCUAUUUCCACCUACCAUUCAGAACAAGGCCAACAAUCGCACAACCACAAACGAGGGCAAGAAUGCCACGUUAUCCUGCGUCGUCAAGGGCAACCCAAGCAUUAGGGUGAACUGGGAGAGGCUCGGCAACCACUCUGAUGAGCUCUGGGACCGGACGCUGGUGGUCAAUACCGUGGUGAAUAGCGACUACGAGAGCGUGGUGACAAGCACGUUGAGCGUUCUGAAUGUACAACCGGACAUUGAUCACGGAAAUUACAGGUGUACGGCAGAAAACACGAUAGGAGUGGAUGAAGCUGUCAUCAACCUCAGCGGAACAUCAAAACCAGAACCUCCGACAUCAUUGCGGGUCGAUGCAAGCCGGACCACAUCUCAUUCAUUCAUGGCUUACUGGCAGCCAGGAUUCGACGGAGGAGUAGAACAAUCAUACGUCAUUAUGUACUGUCUGAAUGACACCCAAAUGGACUGCAAGAAUAUAUUUGGAAUCAAAGAACCGGAAUAUCUCUUGGAGGAACUACAAGAUUUUCGCUGGUACUCCAUCUCUGUCUAUGCAGAGAAUACAAAUGGUAGAAGCAUUGGGAGCAGCAAAAUUGUAGUAUCUACUGCACCUCUACCUCCAAGUGGUUAUGGCAUCCUAGUGACCAAUGAGAACGGGCUUAUCACCUUAGCCUCUGACCCGGCCAUAGAAUUGCCUGAUGGGAUUGGAUUCAAGAUCGAGACGAGCGCAGAGGGUCACUGUAAUCCGAAGAGCCGUGCUUACCCUGCCGAUGGCGCUCCAGUACAGAGACCUAGUGAUCAAGUCAUCAUGGUUUCAAGCUUUGGCAGAGGAUUGUGCAGUGUACAGGAGACCGUCAAUGUUGCCAGUCUAAACACAGGUAAUAGAGGACAAUCACCUAUAACGUUUGCGAUCAUUGGAAUAGUCGUAUUCAUCGCUUUGGUUUUCGUUAUAUUAGUUGUCAGGAGAAAUCAUAUCAGGAAAAAUGAAUUAAAGCUUCCUAAAUCAUCUAUUAGAUCUGGACCCGAGGGUCAGCCAACGAACGGUCAGUCUAGGUCAUUCCUCAGUGGUGGGUAUUUUGCAUAUAAUCCAGUUUAUGAUGAUGUAGCAAAAGAAGACUUCAGAAAGUCGCAACAUGAAGGAAGAAUAGUAAAUGAAGAUGGUUUAAUCUAUGCUGAGGUGGCUCACGUCAAGAAUCAUCCCAAAGACCAACCGCCGAUCAGAACGGAGGAAGCAACCAUCUACGCAUCCCUGGACUUUAACAAGAUGGAUGAUGCGAAGAAACAGCAGGAGAAGCAACCCGUUGUAGACUCCAACAGGAAUGCCGAAGACUGCCCUGAGAAAGAGGCGCUAAUCUACGAGAAUGUCACGCCUCAAGGAUUACCCGUCUCGCCUUGACGUUAAGUCUCCAUCAAUGACAUGAAAUAAAAUGCCACAGUUAGCUGAUCUUUGCACAGUGGCUCUUGCCAAACAAGUGAUGUUAAUACCAUCUUAUCUAUAGAAUGAAACUUCUUCCUGUAGCUAUCCUCAAGAGUUUUAGCAUCAGGGUCGUAAAUAAGACAAGCUUACCAUUCAUACAUUGUACUGUCUAAUGUUGUUGUGACAAGAUUGUUUCCUUGUGGAUAUGGGAUAAUUAUUUUCGCAAUGACUUGGUCAUAAGAUAACGGUGCUGGAAGCAAAUCUAUAGAAACUUAUAUUCUUCCAUGAAAGAUUGAAGAAUGCUGCUGAAACAAUGGAUGUUCUCUGUACUUUAUGGCUUUUGCAUGGCGACACCUUAAGAUCAAAUUCAACUCUGUAAGGACUAUUGGAUUAAGCUAUUGGCGGAAGGAGUUACAGGUCUUAUAUGCUACAGGGCUAGACCCUUGCUGGUGCUUUUUCUUUGUUGACUUGCCAACAAAGACAUGUAAUCUCACUAAAAAGCAAAGAGAAUUCAUGAACCAACAGUGCUGAAAGUGAAGCAACAGGAUUCGAUAUCAGUCUGUUACAGUAGACCUGAGGCAGGCUCAUUGUUGGCUUCCGAGCAGUAACUUAAGACCUUCCACAUCUCAAACAGAAGCGGGACCAUGCCAACCAGCAGUACACAUAGUGAAGGAACAGGAUUCAGGAUCAUUCUGGUACUGUAGACCUGAGAUGAGCUUGCUACUAACUUCCGAACAGGGACUUGAGACCUUACUUCCACAUCUCAAACAGAAGUUGGGCCAUGCCAGAACAACAGUGCAGAAAGUGAAGGAAAUGGAUUCAGGAAAAGUCUGUUCAGUAGACCUGAGACAGGCUCGUUGCUGACAUCCAAAGAGUGACUUCUUCUACAUCUCAAACAGAAGUUGGGCCAUGCCCACCAACGGUGCAGAUAGUAUGCAUUGUAAUUUUGUUUGUUUGUAUCUGUAAAUGUUUGUAACUCAGUCUGUUCUUGUUGUAUAUUUGCCUAGUAUGAAGAGAGGAGUCUUAAGAUGGAGGAGAGAACACAGAAGAAUUCUUGAACAAAGGUCCAUUAUAGAUGAUCAAAAUUAUAUGAAUUUAUAAAUAGCUAAUAUAUUAUGACAGCAUUACGCAAUUUCCAUUUUUAUACCAAACAAAACGUACGUGUACAGACUGUUAUUAACUGUGUUGUUGAAACGUCCAUCAUCGUGUGUAUUUUUAAAUGAAAGUGUAGGUUAGAGUAUAUUUUAUGACAUCAUAGUUGAUUCAUGCCAGUGAGUUCAAAUGACAAUAAAUGUUGUUUAGAGAUAAAAUGUAGAAUCCGUCUAGUUCAUGUACAUGUAGUUUAGGAGAGGUGAUUGUAGAUUUUACGUAUUCUUACAUGUGCAGAAACUAGGCUAUAUUUCUAAUAAGAAUAUGGAGCUAAGAACAGUACCCUGUUAUGUAAUUAAUGGUAACCAUGCCUAUACCGGUAAUUUACUGGCCCAUAUACUGAAGUUGGGUUCAAUUUAAAGGACAAGUCCACCCCAACAAAAACUU